AUGGGUGCCGCUGCCGGUCCCUCUGGGAAUGUAGGGGGUAUGGUUCCUGGCGCUUUCGGGAAUGCCGGGAGGACGGCUGAUGGCGCCUUUCUAAAUCGAGGAGGAAUGGCUGACGCUGGAGCCUUUGGGAGUGCCAGGGGCAUGGCUGGUGGUGCCUUCGGGUACGCAGGGAGGUCGGCUGGUAGUGCCUUCGGGGAUGCGGAGGAGUCGGCUGGUGGUGCCUUCGGGGAUGCGGAGGGGUCGGCUGGUGGUGCCCUUGGGAAUGCCGGGGGUAUGGCUUAUGGGGCCUUUGGGAAUGCCGGGGGGUCGGCUGGUGGUGCCUUUGGGAAUGCCGGGGGGUCGGCUGGUGGUGCCGAUGGGAAUGCCGGGGGGUCGGCUGGUGGUGCCCUUGGGAAUGCCGGGGGGAUAGCUGCUGGGGCCUUCGACAGUAGAGGGGGUGGUGAUGGCAGUGUUUCCAUCAAUGGCGCCGUUGAAGGCUCUGGAAAUGUCGGGAGGGCUACGGGCGGUGAUAACUGUGGGGGCGUUGGGGAUGGGAGUGGCGGAGUUGGCAAGUUGAAACGUCGCAAGAAGGGUUUUAGGUCCGCUAGGGAUCUCUCACGAACUGAUG